GUUACACAUACCAAUGCAGUUAAUUUUUUGUGCCACCACAAACAGAUGAGCUCAUUGCAAUGUCAAAGCCAUCAAUAUUAAUAAUAGAACCAUUUUAUGGUGGUAGCCACAAGCAGUUGAUAGACACAAUCAUCGAAUGCCUAAAUAUCUGCGACUAUGAAAUAUUUAGUUUACCUGCGAAAAAGUGGCACUGGCGCGCACGCACUGGUGCAUUAUAUUUCUCACAAGUCAUACCCACGGAUCAUGAAUAUAAAGUGCUCUUUACUAGUUCCGUACUGAAUUUGGCUGAGCUGCUGGGUGUGCGACCGGAUUUGGUAAACUGUAAAAAGAUUGUAUAUUUUCAUGAAAACCAAUUGGUAUAUCCGGUACGUGAGGUUAAGGAGCGCGAUUGUCAGUAUGGAUUAAAUCAAAUACUAACAUGUCUUUCAGCGGACAACAUAAUUUUCAACUCGAAUUUUAACCGAACUUCCUUUCUGGACAGCAUUACGCCCUUCCUCAAUAUACAACCCGAUUUUAAAUUGAAGCAUAUACGUGAAAAAAUUGAGAAAAAAUGUGAAGUCAUCUAUUAUCCCAUUAAAUUCCAUGCCUUCCCAAACAAGCGGCUGAUGAUUGGAGGAGCCGAGCCGUCGCUUACUUCAUUGAUGAGCGAUAAAGACUGUUUACAUUUGAUUUGGCCACAUCGUUGGGAGCACGAUAAAAAUCCAAAACUGCUGGUAGAAGUCUUAUUGGAACUUUACAAGCGACAAGUUGACUUCAAAGUGACAAUUUGUGGUGAGAACUACCAGGCAGCGCCAGAGUCUUUCGAUGGCUUACAAGAUAAAUUGGGUGCAAAGUUAAUUAAUUUUGGAUUUCUUCCGCGUGAUAAGUAUAUAAAAACGUUGCUAUCAGGAGAUGUUGUAAUCUCAACGGCUGGACAUGAAUUUUAUGGCGUGGCUAUGUUGGAAGCAACUUAUUGUGGCUGUAUGCCAAUAGCGCCUAACAAACUCGUAUAUCCGGAAAUAUAUCCUAAAGAGAACCUCUACAACACUUCCAAUCAAUUAAUUAAAAUGCUUUACAAUUGGUGUCGCAAUCCGGAAUUGUUUCGACGUCAAAGAGAUACAUUUUUCGAAUAUUUUACAUUCGAUCGCUAUUCAGCGCAACAUUUAGUGCCUAAAUUCCUAGAGAAAUUGCGCAUAUAAUGUCGCACGUUUCAUAUGUUUGUAAACAUACAGGUGCAAUAUUUGCCCAAGCAAAAAUAUCCAUAUACACAUAUGUAUGUUGUAUAAUAGUUGAAUAGAAGACAUGAAUUUAUAAUAUUUUGUUGCCAAGCAAAAUUAUCAACUAGAGAAACGGUCAAAUUGCUGACCAACAUUACUAUGAUAAUAUAUAUAAGUUAACAGUCUACAAAAUAUACCCGUUUGUGGAAAGAAUUAUCGAACAAAUUGACAUACAAAUAUUUUUAUCCUCCAUAAGUUAGCUCAUAAUUGUAAGAAAAUCAAAAUUUUGUUAUACUUCUUAACUAUUGUUUUGGUGAAAAUCAAUACACAAAUUAUAUAGAAGCAGAUUUAAAGUUGCAUAUUCAUAUACUUGUAAUUGUUUGUUGUUCUUAAGCCUAAAUAAUGUUCAUACCAUAAAUUAGUUAAUGCGUACAUCUACUCAAUAUUCUAAGAAGUUUUGAAUGAAAUCAUAUUAUAUUUUGUAUUUUAUAUGUGGUUUGAUUUUUAUUUUCAUUAUUUUGAUAAAAGCUUUACGAAUUAUAUAUGUUACAUGUCUGUAUCAAUAGAAUGUACGAAUAAACAAAUACAUACAUAUAUGUAUAUCCG